AUGGUAAUCAAAAAACCAUUUAUAUUUAUAUUUAUAUGCUUUUUAAUUUGUUUAUUAAUUUGCAUCGAUUUAACAAAUUGUAAUACCAUAAAUAAUAAUAAUAAUAAUAAUAAUAAUAAUAAUAAUAAUAAUAAUAAUAAUAAUAAUAAUAAUAAUAAUAAUAAUAAUAAUAAUAAUAAUAAUAAUAAUAAUAAUAAUAAUGAUAAUAAUGAAAACCAUAAAAUUUUAAAAGAUUAUUUAAAAUUUACAAAAAGAUUUAAAAAAUCAGAAUAUCCUACGACUGAACAACAAGAUUUUUAUAUUAACAAAAUUAAAAAAGAAAUAAAAGAUAGAGAAAAAUAUAAAAAUAAUAUAGAAAAUGAGAUUUUAAAAAUAAAUUCCCAAAAAAAAAGAAAAAAGUUUAAAAGAAAAGAUUUAAAUACAGAUAUAAAAACAAAUCAUGAACAAUUAAGAAAAUUAAUUGAAAAUAAUGUAAACCCAAAUCCACAUUAUUAUGAUGAAACUCAAUCAUUUUAUUUUACAAAUAGAAUGACUUCAAAUAAUGAAAAAAAUAAUAAAAAAAAUUUAAAUUUUAAUAAUGAUAAUAAUAAAAUCAAUAAUUUAAUAAAUAUAAAAAAUAAUAAUAUCCCAUAUAUUAAUAAUAAUAAUAAUAAUAAUAAUAAUAAUAAUAAUAAUAAUAAUAAUAAUAAUAAAAAUAAUAAUAAUAAUAAUAAUAAUAAAAAUAAUAAUAAUAAUAAUAAUAAUAAAAAUAAUAAUAAUAAUAAUAAUAAUAAAAAUAAUAAUAAAAAUAAAAAAAUUAUAAUAAAUAAUAAUAAUUUAAUUAAUAAUAAAUUAGUUUCAGAAACAUCAGCUAAUAUGACAACAAUGGUAAAUUCAGGUGAUGCAUCAUUGAGGUCAUUAAUUAAUUUUUUAACUACUCAAGAUAAUAAUGGAUUAAGAUUUUUUCCAUAUUCUCCUAGAGAUUUAAUAAAUCCAUUUAAUGCAACCAAAGCAAUUAGUGUAGCAUUCGCCUACAAUGAUAGACAAUUAAUUACACCAGGUGCUUUUUCAAAAGAAAAUGAAGAGAUUAGAGCAAAUCAAUCUAGAUCACAAGGUUUAUUUGAUCCAAAUUCACCAAAUAUGAACUUUAGCUCAUUCUAUGAUAUAAUUGACCAACAACAAACCAAUUUUGUUCAGAAUAUUGAAUUAUCCAUUGAUUAUCUACUAAAUCAAGUUUAUUUUAAAGAAAUAUUUAGUAAAAAAGAUUUCAAAACACAAGCUAGAGAUUUUGAAGCAUUAUUUGAAUUUUUAAAACAACAAGGUACUAGAGUGGUCUAUUAUUAUAUUGCCAAUGAUGGUUCGAAUCAUGUAGAAUGUGGUGGUUCAAUAAAACCAUGUCAAGAUUUAGCAUACCUUUUACAGAGUGUUCCAAUGGCCGAUAGAAUUCAAACUGAUUUAGUGGUUUUUUUUUAUCCUGGUAGAUAUAAUAUUACAAAGAGAAUUGUGAUUGAUAAUUUUUCAAAGGUUCAAUUAGUUGGGCUAUUUGGUAAAGAUGAGACCACCUUAACCAGUAAUCAAAAGAUGUUUCUUUUUAAUAAUACCCAUAUUCAUAUGAUUGGUUUAACAAUUGCCGAUGUUAACUUUCAAAUGAAACCAUUAUUAAACAUUUUUAAAACUGAUAAUUUGGGUACUGGAACUGUUUUUGAUUUAAGACAAUCAAUUAUGACUAUAUUGUUGUGUGAUUUUAGAAAUAUUAGUAAUAGAAAUUCUUUGGGUUCUGUUUUCGCCUACAAUAGUAAUUUAACAGUUUCAAACACAUUGUUUGAAAAUACAAUUGCUGCUGUGGGUGGCGGUAUUUUCUGUUGUAGUUAUUCAACUUGUAUAGUUAGCAACUGUACAUUUAGAGCAAAUAUAGCUGAUAAUCCAAUUGGUGGUGGUGCCUUAAUCGCUUCCCUUUCAACUCUAUUCAUUACUCAAUCUGCAUUUUAUAAUAACAAAGCAUCAAUUGGUGGUUCAGUAAUUAUCGAUGGCGGUUUCUCUACUGUGGAUACAUCAACUUUUGAGUAUAAUACAGGUUUUGUUGGUUCAGCUAUUCAAAUCUCUCCAAAUUCAAUCGUUUACAUUGUUAAUUGUUAUUUCUAUUUUAAUUUAGCAACUUAUUCUGGUGCUUCAAUAUUUUGUGGUUCAAGUACUGUAGUAUUCAUUUCAAAAUGUAUUUUCAAGGAUAAUUACUCACCAGGUGCCAAUGGUUUAGAAUCUUACUCUGAAAAGUUGGUACUAAUUGAAGAAAGUGUUUUCGAAGGUAACAUCCCACCAUUAUUAAAUUCAACAAGUGUUGUUUCAAUUGCCAGUCCUUCUGCUUUCCUUUUUGUUAGACAAUGUUCAUUCUUUGGUCAUUCGGGUGUUAUUUUUAAUAUAGGAAAUCCAUCGGUACUCUAUUGUUCAUUUUCAUUAUUUUAUGAAAACUCAAAUAGAAUUGUAAAUUCAUUUAAUAAUGGAUUAAUUGUAUUUGGAUCAUGUAAAUUAUUUAAUAAUAGUAAUAAUAAGAGUGAUGGUAUAUUUCGUAUUAAUAAUAGAAGUAAUGGUAUAUUUUAUGCUGUAGAAUUUUAUAAUAAUACUGUUUCAUCAUUUUUUGAAUCAUGGUUUAAUUCAACAUGUUUUUUAUUAUCAAGUAAUAUUACCAAUAAUACAUUUAGAGCUGGUAGUUUUCAAGUUGCAUUUUCUACUGAUAUUUUCGUUGAUAAUUUAUUAUAUUCAAAUAAUACAGCUGCAGAAGGUGGUUUAAUUUCUUCGGAUCAAACUGGUGGUAUCUCUGUAACCAAUAGUCUAUUGAUUGGAAAUACAGCAGAGUUUGGUAAUUUGGUGUUUUUUAGAUUGUUAUCUUAUUCAGAGCCAAAUUGUGAUUCGUUUAUUUUUGAAAAUAAUACCUAUGUUGAUAAUUAUGCGUUUAUGGCUGGUACAAUUGUUUAUUUCGAUGAUACAAUUAGGUGUAAUUAUUCAUGUAUCAAUUGUGUUAGUGUUAAUAAUAACGCUCAGUAUGGGGAGAUUGUGAAUACUGGAUUCGCAACAUUCUCUUCUACUUUGCCAAAUACAAUUCCACCUUCAAUUAUUAGACCUAUAAUAUUACAAGCAUUCGAUGCAUUGGGGCUACCUUAUCUUGGAAGAUCUGAUAUUACCUUUAAUUUACUCAUUAAUUUACUAAUUUGUGAUCAAAUGUCACUCACUGGUGUUGUACAGUCAACCUCAACACCAACAAGUUUCAGUGUUUUCUAUAAUGUUAGAAUUAGUGGUGCACCAGGUACACAUUGUAAUCUAACGGUGAUUGCAUUUUUAAAGACUUUUAAAAACAUUACAUUGGAAUAUCCAAUAACUGUAGUUAAUUGUCAAGAAGGUCAAGACCCAUAUAAUAUAGGUGGAGUGAAUUCAUACUAUUGUUUAACUGAUGUUAGUAAAACUAAAAUUGCCAAAAUCAUAAUUGGAAUUAGUGCAAUCAUUGUAUCAAUUGGUGUUUUAAUAACCGCCAUACUGACAUUUAUCUAUAGAAAGAGAAAGAUAAUGAGAUACUCAAAUCCGGUAUUUCUAUUAAUCAUUUUGGUUGGUUGUGUAUGUGGAUUGGUUUCAACAUUUGUUUCUUUUUCAACUACAUCAGCAACCUGUUCAAUUCGUAUGGUUUUAAUACCUCUCUUUUUUUUCAUUAUUACAAGUGCAAUCUUUAUUAAACAAUAUCGUGUCUAUUGUUUAAUUCGUGGUGUUGAAGAGUUACACGAUAUGUCAAUUGAAAAUAGUUAUCUACUAAAAUUACAAUCUUUUAUUUUAAUUAUACCUGCCAUUUUAAUCGCUGUAUCUGUAAUUGCAACUAGAAUGCAUAGAAAAUAUAAUUUUGAUCUACAAAAAGAAACCAUUCAAGCUUAUUGUUAUUCUAAAAAUUUUUAUAUUAUUUUUAUUUGUUUAGCACUUUAUGAAUUUUCAAUACUUUUAUAUGGUUGUUGGAUUGUUAUUAAAUGUAGACAAUAUAGAUCUUUUCCAGGUUCUUUUAAUGAAUUCUUUUAUAUUGGUGUAUUGAUUUAUGUUUUAACAGUUAUUUUAGUUGUUUCAAUUCCUAUUGGUUUUGCUUUAUUAAAUAGUGCACUUACUGAUUUUUUAUUAUAUAGUAUACCAAUUUUGGUUUUAAUUGUAGCUAUAAUUGGUUUACUAUUUGCACCAAAAUUCUACUUUCUUUUUAGAACUGAUAAAGUUAUAGCAAAUCUAAGACAAUUAAUUGAAGACCAGGAAGAGAUAUUAAAAAAAAAUAAAGAAGUAUUGUUCACUUAUGGAAUGUAUUUGGGUGAUAAUAAUAAUGAUAUCAUUGCAUUACAUGAAUCAUUUUCAGACUCUGAUAUUUUAUCUAAAACUGGAUCAAAUACAAGUGAUGAUGUUAGUGAUGAUUUUACAUUUGAUUCUCCAACAACAUAUAGUAAUAUACCAAUACCAUUAAAUAGAAGAAAUAAUAAUAAUAAUAAUAUUAAUAAUAAUAAUAAUAAUAAUAAUAAUAAUAAUAAUAAUAAUAAUAAUAAUAAUAAUAAUAAUAAUAAUAAUAAUAUUUUAAAUAAUAAUAAAAAUAAUAAUAAUGAUGAUGAUGCAAGUAGUAGUAAUAGUAGUAGCACAGCAGAUUUUGAAAUAAGUAGUAGUGGUGAAAGUGGAAGAAGUAGUAACGAUUAUGAUAAAAGAAAUAAUAAAAAAAAUAGAAGAAAAAAUUCUCUCAGAACUCCAAUUCUAAAUUCUCUAUUAUCUCCAAACUCUAGAAACAAAACAAAAAAAAGAAAUAAAUCUUCUCAAAAUUCCCCACUAUUGGAUUGA